AUGACACCAAAUAUACUAAAGAAGCUCCACAUCACUGGUAAUAAUAACAAGUCAAACACAACAAGCACUAAUCAACAACCUUACCAAAGUGAGAAUAUGGAGUAUCAACCAAUCCAAGGUCAAGGACAACCUCAAUAUCAACAACCUCAACCUCAACAUGUUCAACAACAAUUAAAUGUCCCACAACAACAGCAACCUGGUGGGUAUGGAGUUGCUCAAGUUCAACAACAUGGUAUUUCAAGAGAAACUUCACCAAAUUUUGCUGCUAAUGCUGAAACUCAAACUCAACAAAUUCAAACACCUCAUCAAAGUCAACCUCAAACCAUACAACAACCAAUUACUAUUGAACAAUCUUUAUUACCUCAAAAAUCAACCGUUUCAAAGGGGAAAUAUACUUUAAAUGAUUUCCAAAUUAUGAGAACUUUAGGGACUGGUUCAUUUGGUAGAGUUCAUUUAGUUCGUUCAGUUCAUAAUGGUAGAUAUUAUGCUAUUAAAGUUUUGAAAAAAGCUCAAAUUAUAAGAAUGAAACAAAUUGAACAUACAAAUGAUGAAAGAAGAAUGUUAAAAGUUGUUGAACAUCCGUUUUUAAUUAGAAUGUGGGGGACGUUCCAAGAUGCAAGAAAUUUAUUUAUGGUUAUGGAUUAUAUUGAAGGUGGUGAAUUAUUUUCACUUUUAAGAAAAUCUCAAAGAUUUCCAAAUCCUGUUGCUAAAUUUUAUGCAGCAGAAGUUACAUUAGCUGUUGAAUAUUUACAUGCUCAUAAUAUUAUUUAUAGAGAUUUAAAACCUGAAAAUAUAUUAUUAGAUCGUAAUGGACAUGUUAAAAUUACAGAUUUUGGUUUUGCAAAAGAAGUUUCCACAGUUACUUGGACACUUUGUGGUACACCAGAUUAUAUUGCACCAGAAGUUAUUACAACAAAACCAUAUAAUAAAUCUGUUGAUUGGUGGUCAUUAGGUAUUUUAAUUUUUGAAAUGCUUGCAGGUUAUACACCAUUUUAUGAUAGUACACCAAUGAAGACAUAUCAAAAAAUUUUAGCAGGUAAAGUACAUUUCCCAUCAUUUUUCCAUCAAGAUGCAGUAGAUCUUUUAUCAAGAUUAAUUACAGCAGAUUUAACUAGAAGAUUAGGUAAUUUACAUAAUGGUCCUUCAGAUAUUAGAAAUCAUCCAUGGUUUGCUGAAGUUAUUUGGGAAAAAUUAUUAGCUAAAGAUAUUGAAACACCUUAUGAACCUCCAAUCACUGGUGGUAUUGGUGAUACUUCAUUAUUUGACCAUUAUCCAGAAGAACAAUUGGAUUAUGGUGCAGGUGGUGAAGAUCCAUAUGCCCAAUAUUUUGUUGAUUUUUAG